AUGCUAGGCAAACCUGUCCACUUCUCUCUUGUCGUAAACUCUACGCCAUCUAUGGGGGACUUUGAGAUCUACUCCAUCGCUCAACCAGCCUCUGACCCUGACAUCACGAAAUACAUCGGCCUCCGAUUGUUAGCGUUGAAGACCAAUCCAGAGGCGUUCGGCUCGACGUAUGACAGAGAAUCAAAGGAGCCAUUCGAAGAGUUCAGGAAAAGGCUCAAUGUAAAGGGUCGCCGAACCUUCGUUGCUCGUAGAACAGUUCAAGGCGGCGGAGAAGAAUGGGUUGGCACAGCAUCCAUCUUGGCUCCAGAGAUGUUGGACGAAUCGCAAGGGGGCUAUCGUCAUGUUUUAGUAGGGAUGUGGGUCCAUGCUGACUAUCGACGGAACGGUCUUGCGAAACGUUUGAUCAACGCGGGCCGAGAAUGGGUCCGAAUUUCAACACAGGGGCUACCUGAGGAGAAGAGACGGCUUACGCUGGAAGUUCACGGUCAUAAUAGCGCUGGCAGCGCGCUGUACGAGGCACUGGGUUUCAUGCAGGAUGAGGGAAAAUGCAACGAUCCAACAAGAAUACCCAUGUUUGUGAUAGCAAAGUGAAAGUAGAUAGAUGAUGC